AACCACCAGCAGUCGGCUGUGUACUUCUAUAUAUUGAACAUGUCUUCGCGCGAGGAAAUUUACACUAUUAUGGUUAUGAGCAGUGCAGCUCUCGUGAUGGGUAGUUUGGCUAAAAAAAAGAGGAAGCAAAGGCGUUGGUGGCAUACCGACUUAUAUAAAAAACGCAGCGGCACGGAACUGAUUAUCGACAUGAAAUCACAAGAAAUGAGCGGCCAAUAUAAAAACUUCACGCGUAUGUCGCCUUCAGAUUUUGAGAAUUUAUUGCAGAAGAUUGGCCCCCAAAUUUCGAAAGAGGAAACUUAUUUUCGCACUCCAAUAUCCGCUCAAGACAGACUAGCGGUAACACUUCGGUUCCUUGCUACGGGUGAUUCAUUUGUUAGCCUCCAGUACCUAUUUAGGAUUUCCAAGCAGUCCAUUGGACGUAUAGUACCACAAGUCUGCGCAGCACUUGUGACGGAAUUGCAGGGUUAUAUUAAGUUACCCACGACUCCUGCAGCUUGGACGGAAGUUGCCAAGAUAUUUGAAACACGUUGGAAUCUGCCUCACUGUGUUGGUGCCAUCGACGGCAAACACGUUGUUUUACAAGCUCCUGUGAACUCUGUUGAUGGCAAUUAUAACUUUAUGUUUGCUGACGUGGGAUGCCAAGGCAGAAUUUCAGAUGGGGGAGUUUUUAAGGCGAGUAAAUUACAUCGAAUGCUUGCAGAAAACACAUUGGGACUUCCAUUACCAGAAGAACUACCGGGGCGUAGUAUGCAAAUACCUUAUUUCUUUGCAGGCGAUAGUGCCUUUGCUUUAAGUGAAAAUCUCAUGAAACCAUACGCAGGAGACUUCGCUAAAGGAACUCCUCAAAGAAUUUUCAAUUAUCGAUUGAGUAGGGGCCGUCGAAUAGUAGAGAACGCCUUCGGUAUUUCAAGUGCCGUGUUUAGGGUCUUAAGAAGACCAAUGCUUUUGAAGCCCGAAACAACGGAAUUGGUAGUAAUGACGACCAUCCUGUUACAUAAUUAUCUUAGAACGCAUUCACCUAAUCUGUAUGCACCUGUUGGCUUAUUAGACAAUGAAAUGGAGGGGAAUUUAAUCGAAGGGUCAUGGAGGAAAGAAGGAGAUAUGACGUCUAUGUUGCCGCUAAUAAAUGUUCCUCGAAGAUCCACCAAUUACUGUUCCAGAAUUAGGGAUGAAAUAGCUGAUUAUUUUAUUAAGGAAGGAUUUUUAGAAUGGCAAAACCAAUAUGCUUAA